GUGAAGGUUGGUGUCUCCACAUCACACAGAACAGUGCUUGUGUGCUCUGCCAACUAUGUGGAGCUGUUUGCUUCUCCGUUUCCUCCCUGUGAUUCUUCUGCUUUCUUCAGCAGGACCUGAGGAUGUAAGGCUGGUGAAGGGAGGCAGUCGCUGUGCUGGGACGGUGGAGGUGAAUCGUGAGGGACAGUGGGGGACGGUAGUUAAUUUUUACUGGGACAUUAAUGAUGCUGCAGUGGUGUGUAGAGAGCUGGACUGUGGCUCUGCUAUAUCAGCACCUCGCAGAGCUCACUUUGGAGAAGGUUCUGGACAAGAGCUUCUUACAGAAGUUGCCUGCAAUGGGACAGAAUCUACACUGUCCAUGUGUCAGUCUGAAAAUGCAGAUCAAAUCAGAGCACUGGGUUUUAUUCCAGCUCCUCACAUAUUUGAUGCUGGAGUGAUUUGUUCAGGUCGUCAAAUGAUUCGAUUAAUGGGUGGAGCUGAUCGCUGCUCUGGGAGAGUGGAGGUGAAAUUCAAUCAGUCCUGGGCUACACUGUGUGAUGUUGACUUUGACUGGCAGGAUGCUCAGGUGGUCUUGUGA